GCAUCCGACAAGUCCCACCUCUUCCUCCAAAGAUCAACUCAUUUCGAUCAUAUUUUCUUAGGCCUAGGCUAGGAUUUAGAAUAGUAGUCUAGAUUUUCUUUGCGGAUUCUAAAUUAAUCUUUUUGCGUCUGACAAGCAUUGGACAACUGUUGGGACGUUUUAGCGAUUAGCCUACCUUAUCUUUCGUUCGGACACUGGAUGGUGAAUUCCAUUUCUUACCGCAUUUUCCUUCCGUUAUUAUUUUCCCGUAUCAUAUCGCGUUUUUUUUACUUGAGUUAAUUUAAUACUUUUAUCGGGUAUUAGCAAAAUGUAUCAGGCAUUGAGAAAAUUUGUGUUUACCGAUUCACACUGCGUGGGUGAAGAUAGCAUGAAGUCUUACGAAGAUCUGUUUGAGAAGUUGGAUGCCAAUAAAGAUGGAAAAGUUGAUGUUUCUGAGUUGAAAGCGGGCCUAAAAGCGAUGGGGAUAGCAUUCACCAAAGGUGCAGCGCAGAAAAUGGUGUCCGCUGGAGACCAUGAUAAGGAUGCAGGUCUGGACUUCAACGAAUUCUCCAGAUAUCUGAAGGAGCAUGAGAAGAAACUGCGUCUGACGUUUAAGAGCCUGGACAAAAACCAGGACGGACGGAUUGAUUCCACGGAGAUCAAGCAGUCCCUUGCGGACCUUGGGAUGGACAUAUCCAAGGAGGAGGCCGAGAAGAUUCUUAGCAGUAUUGAUGUGGAUGGCACCAUGACAGUGGAUUGGAAUGAAUGGAGGGAGCACUUCCUCUUUAACCCUGCCACCAACCUGCAGGAGAUCAUCCGCUACUGGAAACACUCCACGGUGCUGGACAUUGGUGACAGCCUUAGCAUUCCCGAUGAGUUCACAGAGGAAGAGAAGACAACCGGAAUGUGGUGGAAGCAGCUGCUGUCUGGAGCCAUGGCGGGUGCAGUGUCUCGCACAGGCACCGCCCCGCUGGACAGGAUGAAAGUGUUCAUGCAGGUGCACGCUACCACGUCCAAUAAGAUCAGUCUAGUUGGGGGCUUCAAGCUCUUGCUAGAUGAAGGAGGAAUGACCUCGCUGUGGAGAGGGAAUGGGGCUAACGUUCUGAAAAUUGCUCCUGAGACGGCCAUAAAGUUCAUGGCAUAUGAACAGUAUAAGAAGCUGCUGGCAUCAGAGCCCGGGAAGGUGAGGACUCAUGAGAGGUUUAUCGCAGGUUCCCUCGCGGGGGCGACAGCGCAGACAGCCAUCUACCCCAUGGAGGUGAUGAAGACGAGGCUGACCCUGCGGAAAACGGGCCAAUAUUCUGGAUUCUUUGACUGUGCCAAGAAGAUCCUGAAGAAGGAGGGAGUAAAGGCCUUUUACAAAGGCUACAUCCCCAACAUUCUGGGGAUCAUUCCGUAUGCAGGCAUCGACCUGGCUGUGUAUGAGAGUUUGAAAAAUGCCUGGUUAGCACGUUAUGCCAAAGACACUGCCAACCCUGGAGUGCUGGUUCUGCUGUGCUGUGGGACCAUCUCUAGCACUUGUGGACAGCUGGCAAGCUAUCCUCUGGCUUUGGUGAGAACUCGGAUGCAGGCGCAAGCCUCAUUGGAGGGGUCUGAGCAGCAGUCCAUGCGACAGUUGUUCCAGAAUAUUGUGAAAAAAGAUGGAUUUUUUGGACUCUACAGGGGAAUUCUCCCCAAUUUCAUGAAGGUCAUCCCGGCAGUCAGCAUCAGUUAUGUGGUGUAUGAAUACAUGAGAUCAGCACUGGGUAUCUCCAAGUAAAGGGCUCAGCCAGCACUGGCUUUGUUUCAAGUUCAGCAUUCAGAUGAUAUUUUGGGUGUGGUGGUGAAAAUGGUGGAUUUGCAAAAAAAAAAAAAGAAAACCUUUACCAAAUUUGAUUUGGUAUUGGAGGGUCGUUAUGUGUGCAGUUCUACAUAACUCUGCAAUAGAAUGAUAUUAUGUUACUCAAAACAGGUCGGUUAUAAUAUGUUGCAUGCACAUGUUUGAGUUAAUUGGCACCUUAAGAAUGUGGCAGUCUUCCUCAAUCCUACAUUUGGCUAGAGUGCUUUUCAUUUACACUAUGAAAAUAUCCCACUGCUGUGGAAGAUUGGAUUCAAAAUCUUCACUUGUAAACAUUACAUAGUUCUCAAUUAACAACCAGAGAAUGUGCCUUAGGAUUCAUUCAGGUUUGUUUGUGGGCUUUGAUGCAGGUUUUGUUUGUUUGGUGGAAAAACUAUUGCCUUCUCAAGUUUUGUGAUUUACAUAGGGUCUUGUUUACAGUUGUUUUUUGAAUACAAUAUCAUUGGUUUAUUAGUA